AUGACUCACCGCGCCGAUGCAUCCAACACCCUCGACAAUCGGGGCUAUUCAGGGCCGCUGAUUCGAGGGCAAAACCCGGCCCUGCUCUUCGAGACACCCAUGCGAGAUCGGAUCACGGAUUCUCUGUAUUGGAAAGAGCAGUGCUUCGGUCUCAACGCCGCCACCCUAUGCGAUCGAGCAGUCGAACUCACAUACAUUGGUGGUACAUAUGGCGUCGCAAUGAAACCAACCCCGUUCAUCUGCCUGGCUUUCAAGUUGUUGACGCUGGUCCCGGACAAGGAGAUUGUUUUGGAAUAUCUGAAAAACGGAGGAGAGGAAUGGAAAUACCUGCGAGCACUUGCCGCCUUUUACAUCAGGUUGACCUUCGAUCCGGCCGACGUAUACAAAACUUUAGAGCCGCUGCUGGAGGACUACCGGAAAUUGAGAUAUCGUCGAAAGGAAACAUACGAGCUGAUACACAUGGAUGAGUUUGUGGACAAUCUCUUGACGAAAGAGCGGGUGUGCGGAACAAGCUUAUGGAAACUGCCGGCGAGACAAUUGUUGGAGGAUCUGGACCAGCUUGAGGAACGCGUCAGUCCGCUUCAGGCCGAGCUGGAUGCUAUGGAAGAGGAGGAUGACGAUGUGGUCGAAACGGCCGGUAGAAAUGGAACGGCGAGUGAGAAUGGUGGCAGCCCAAGCCCUACGAGCAGGAGCAGGAGUAGAAGCAGAAGUGAAAGCGGCUCUAUUAAUGGGUGA